AUUUUCACUCUUUCUUACUGUUUAAAAUUGGGUAAAAUAAGUGAAAGGUCUAAAUAAGUAUCAUGGUUUGAAUAUCAAGAAUGGAUUUCCCGUCUCCUCCCUAGUAGAGAAUGUCUUUUGUUCAUUUAUCCUUAUUCCUGGCGUCUCGAUAGUUCGUGAACACGAUUUGCAGCACUUUCUUUACCUUUAUGGCCUGGAAUCAACCUCCUCCGGGACACCAGCCUGGUUAUAAUCCAGCUUAUGGUGGGCAGUACAAUUAUGGUCAACCACAGGGAUAUCAACAGCAGAACCCAUAUGGUCCUCCACCUCCAGCAUCACAGUAUCCUCCUGGUUAUCAAGGGGGGUGGGGAGGCCGUCCAGGUCCUCCUCCUGGGGUUGAUCCAGUCCUCUGGGAUUGGUUUCAGGCAGUUGAUCAGGAUAGAUCUGGAAAAAUAACUGCCAAAGAAUUGCAGCAAGCUCUCUUAAACAACAACUGGUCGCAGUUUAAUCCAGAAACUUGCCGACUAAUGAUUGGCAUGUUUGACAAAGAUCAAUCUGGCACAAUUGACAUUCAUGAAUUUUCAGCACUGUGGAAAUACAUCCAGCAGUGGAAACAAUGUUUUGACAGCUUUGAUCGUGACCGAUCAGGAACAAUUGAUGCUAAUGAACUUCAAACAGCCUUCACAAGCUUUGGAUACAGAUUAUCACCAAGUUUCUGUAAUCUGUGUGUGCGCAAAUUUGAUCGCUUGAAUGUUCACACGAUGAAGUUUGAUGACUUCAUUCAGUGUUGUGUUAUGCUGAAAUCUUUAACAGAUGCUUUUAGGAAACAUGAUCAUCAACAGACUGGCACAGUUACCAUCAAUUAUGAACAGUUUCUAGAAAUGGUGCUUGGGCACACUUUGAGUGGAACAUAACAAUGUUGAUAUGCUGUGUUGAACCUUUGACUCUCCAAGUAGUCCUCCAAGCAGUAUGUCAUCUUUUGAAGGGUUUCACUGGCUUGCACUUCAAAACUGCAAGCUAAAAGUACUAAACCUUACUUACUAUAGGUAAAAUUAGAAUAUCAUUUUAAUAAAUUGUGUAAUCUUGGGUAUGACAUAAAUGUUUUCCUUUUACAAAAUCAGGGGAAGUGUUUAGGAUGAACUGUAUUUACCUGCAGGUUAUUAAAAUCUUUGUUGUCUGUUUCCCCAGUGUCUGCACUUGUUAUGAAUAAAUGGGGGGAACAUCUGUUUUCUGUUGGAUUUAAAUUAGCUCUUCAAAAAUAGAAAGACAGUGCAAUUAUAUUUAGUUUUUUUUUCAUUGUCAUUUGCUUAAGACAUGCUUUUAAAUGGGACAACCAUAAAGUUUUUAUAGGAGAGAGCUUUACAACAGCCUCUAUAGCAUAUUUUAUUGUAUAUUAGACCACAUAAUUUUAAGUUUACAAGCAAUGUUACUCUUAGCAGUUUUUACAAGUUGUUUGUUAGCCCUUUGGUGUUAGCAAUAUUGAUAUUCUGUAGUAUUAAGUGUUGUCUAGAUAAGAUAUAUUACACUGUUUCUGCAAGAAUAUGUUUUUGUUUUUCUGAGUUGGAGUAGACAGAUUUGUCUAAAAGGCAUUGUGUUGAGUGUCAAGUUUUUAAGUCAAUCCAUAUUUUCUUCUCUGGGGCAUCUUGAAGUGGUGAUUGAAGCAGCCAGUAAAGCAAUACAAAGUAACCAGUGAGGUUGGUUGCCUGCUGCUUCUCAUCAAGUAGAAUUUUAGGUUUCAUAGAAGCCUUCCUGAUGAAGGGGUGGAAAAUAACAUUAGGUAGUACUUCUUAUUUUAUAGAAAUUUUUCUGCUCAAAUUACCAAAAUUACUUAUCCUUGAAGUGCAUCAAUUUAACAUCUUACAUGACUAAGUCAUAAAUUACUAGAGAGAUUCUCAUUUGCAGAAUCUAAUACUUUAUUUGCAGGGUUCCUUCUUGGGUGCUAGGGCUGGUCUGUAAUUUAUACAUGGUGACAAGGUACAUGAUUUUGUACAGAAUAUUCAUCACUGGCUGCCAAACUGAAAGAUAUGCAAAAUGUCUCCCAAACAUCCUGUUAUGGCUGGUUAUGCCAAGUUAUCAAUUGAGUUUUUUUCUCUUCCACAAUCAGGCAGAGAGAGCUCUGUAAGUCCCACUAACCAGUCUACUUUAAGUUGUCUAUUACAAAAAAAAAUUACUUAGCAGUGAAACUAUAGGUAGUCUUGCCCUGUAUCAACCGUUUUAUGUUAAUAAAUGUUCUUCUGAAAAAACCUGCUUUCUAGGAGUCUAGCUAGGAAGAUUUUCCC